UCCCUGCUAGUUUUCUAAGUUUACUGCAAUCUCUGCACAGGGGGAGGGAGAAAGAGAGAGAGACACACAGAUAUUGUGAACUUGAGAUCAGGUAGAGUUUAAGGCACUCCUUCCAGCUUCAACUAUUGGCUUGGUCCUGUGGUGCAUGUAGCUGUGGACAGUGGAAUUAACCCCUAUGCUCAGUGAAAGCACUCAAAGGAAUUUGGGCCACAAAGAAAAAAAUCUAGUAUGAUGAAGAACGAAGAAUCGAGUUUUAAUGUGGACAAUGCCCAAGCCUCUCCCUUCUCCCGCUGCCUGCAGCCACUCAGCCGCGUUACAAAGCCACACAGAACAACUCCAUUUGAUGAAGAAUUCAGAACACACCUUUCACAUUUCCGCUAUGGUCCUCCUCCUCUUGAAAACAUGGAAUCUUUCCAGGGCUCCUUGGAAGGAGGGUCUCGGAAACGCAAGAGUAUGCCAACAAAAAUGCUGCCUUCCAUCACCCUUGAGGAUUCCUCAUCACCACUAGACAGAUCUGAAGAUCACAAUAACAUAGGCCCUUCCAGUCUCCCCUUGGUGUUCGAACAGCCAGCACAGCCCAAGUACAGCUCCCAGAUGAUUGACCUCUGCAACUUUGGUUUUCAAUUCUACCGAACUCUGGAGCAUUUUGGAGCCAAGCCCAUUAAGCAAGAACCAGUGAAGCCCAACAUGGCAUGGCCCAGUAGCCCAGCAUUCAUGCAGGCUCCUUACACUUACUAUCCUAAAGUCCACCCUGGCUUAAUGUUUCCUUUCAUUGUACCACCAAACUUUCAUUUCAGGAAUCCCUUUCAAAUGAAAAGACCUCCAGAACCAUCCUUCAGGAGGGCUGAAGUAAGAGAAAGUGGUGAAAACAAACAGAAAGUUGAAAGAGUAGAUGUCAACCUUCAGAUAGAUGACAGUUACUAUGUCAAUGUGGGGGGCGAACAGAAACGCUGGCAAUGUCCCAUGUGUGAGAAGUCCUAUACAUCCAAAUACAAUUUGGUCACCCACAUCUUGGGGCACAGUGGCAUUAAGCCACAUGCUUGCACCCGAUGUGGCAAGCUUUUCAAGCAGCUGAGCCACUUGCACACACAUAUGUUGACACACCAGGGCACUCGGCCACAUAAGUGCCAGGUGUGCCACAAGGCUUUCACUCAAACCAGUCACCUUAAGAGACACAUGAUGCAACACAGUGACAUCAAGCCUUACAACUGUAGGAUCUGUGGCAGAGGUUUUGCCUACCCCAGUGAGCUGAAAGCACAUGAGUCUAAGCACGAGAGUGGCCGCGAGAACAUUUGUGUGGAAUGUGGUCUGGACUUUCCAACUCUGGCCCAGCUGAAGAGACACUUAACCACCCACCGUGGCCCUAUACAGUACAAUUGCACUGAGUGUGAUAAAACCUUCCAGUACCCAAGUCAGCUGCAAAACCACAUGAUGAAGCACAAAGACAUCCGCCCAUACAUCUGCACGGAGUGUGGCAUGGAGUUCGUGCAGCCCCACCACCUGAAACAACACUCCCUAACUCACAAGGGCGUGAAAGAGCACAAAUGUGGAAUUUGUGGCCGGGAAUUUACUCUGCUGGCCAACAUGAAACGACAUGUCCUGAUCCACACCAAUAUCAGAGCCUACCAAUGUCAUUUGUGCUUCAAGAGCUUUGUGCAAAAGCAGACUCUCAAGGCCCACAUGAUUGUUCACUCUGAUGUCAAACCCUUUAAAUGCAAGCUCUGUGGAAAGGAAUUUAACAGAAUGCACAAUUUAAUGGGACACAUGCAUUUGCAUUCAGAUAGUAAACCUUUCAAGUGCCUCUACUGUCCCAGUAAAUUCACCUUGAAGGGGAACCUAACCCGGCACAUGAAAGUCAAACAUGGGGUCAUGGAAAGAGGAUUUCAUUCUCAAGGUUUUGGAAGAGGAAGAAUUGCUCUGUCCCAAACAAAUGUGUUGAGAAGUCUGGAACAGGAAGAGCCCUUUGAUCUUUCCCAGAAAAGCCAAGGGAAGGGAAUUUCAUUUCAUUCUGAUGGUGAGAGUGCCAAGGGAAGCUCAUGCCAGGAAGAAGAGGAAGACAACUGCUGUGAGGCAGAGCGGUACAGCCCUGUCAUGUAUCAUCAUGAUGACAACAAGCUGUAUAUGGCUCAAGAUCUCUCUGGCAAACCUGAGAGCAUGAUGAAGGACUUCAGAGAGUCCUACUGCAAUGAGAAGGAAGAAGUGCUAAGUGAGGGAGGACCGGGGAAGAGAAUAGGAAAUUCAGACAAAGAGGAGAGCCAAGGAGAGGGAGAGCUUGCAAACAACAAAGAGUGUCUCAGCUUUAGAUCCUUUGAAAAGGCCAGACUUGGCCACUCUCUCUCUGAUUACUUGUAUUUCAAGCACAGGAGCAAGAGUUUGAAAGAAUUGCUGGAAAGAAAAAUGGAAAAACAAACAGUGCUUAUAGGCAUGUAAAAUGGAAACUUUGAAACAGCUGGAAAAUGCGAACCAAAGAGCUUUUAACAUGAACUGUAACUUACCAAGACCUGGAAGUCUGUAAUAGUUUUUAGAAAUAUACAAGGCAAAUCAAUAAAAAUAAUUUAGGAUAAAACAUGUACAUUAAAAGUCAAUGAGAAAUGCAAUAGAUAUUGAACAAUAACACUUUUAUGUUUAUCCAUUUGAUGUAAAAGCAGACAAUGGGUUAGGUACAGAAGUUUAAUUUCUGUUAUAUGGGGAUAGAUACUUACAUGUAAUUUUCUAGUUAGCAGAAAGCAACAUGCUUUAGCAUCUGAUUUAUUGUCUGACUAGAUAUAUAUGAACACUUCUAGCCAUAUGUCUCAAAAACAUUUGAAAAUAUUUCACAUUAUAAGCCAGAGUACUAUUAAACAUGACAAGCAUGAAAAUGCUGUCAACAUUCAGAACUAACACAGCCCAAAUACUUUGAUUUACUGAAGUGACUCUUAAUUCAACCACUUACAGUGAGAACUGGGAAAUAAAUUAAGAAGAAAUACUAAUGUCUUGGGAGGCAGUGAAGGGCAAUUCUGUAAGGCUUUGAAAGGACUGGAAUUUAUUACAAAAGCUCUUCCUCUGGCACAAGGAAUGUUCAUGCUUUGUUUCAGUCAGUAUGGCAGUAAGUGAAAUAGCAUAGACUGUGUUGACAUUUCAUUCUGCUGCCUGCUCAGACCAAUACAUCUAAUGGGCAGCAGCAGCAUGUAGCAUUCACAACCUGUCUAUAGUUACACAUUAAGAAAUAUGAGUAAUUGCACUGAAAAAACUAUGCAGUUUUGCCAUUUAUCUCUUCCUUUUUUUUAGGACUAGUAAGGAUGAUUUUGAAAUACACAGGUCUGAUCAAUUUUUAUUUUAGAAGAUAGAAAUAACCCUUAUAGGACAAGCAGUACCUCACAAACUGGUUUUCAAUUUCCUCUUACUGAAGGCAGAAAUUUUCCCUUAUCAACGUGUCUUGAGGAGGCUCUAGUCCUUUCAGAAGAAUUCACUUACUCUGUUUUUACCAAGUCAUACCCAGCUUUUCAUCCUCUGAUUCCAUACAAUUACAUGUUCAUGAUAAAGAUGCUUAAAGCAUAUUCCAUUCAACUUUUCAUUAUUUGCAUGAAUAGUUUGGCCAGCAUAAUAAUUUCUGCGUCUUCAACAUAGACAACAAACAGCUUUGCACCCUGCUAAAUAAAAAUUUAA